GGCUUCGCGUAGUCGUUCAUCGAGCCGCAUCUUGUCCGGUGGUACCGUUCAAAUGCAAUAUUUUUAUUAUUAAUACGCUCGCGCGGUAAAACUCUGUAAGGCUUAUACGUAUCAUAAUAACAUAUCAUAUGCGGUCUGUUGUGAUCGCGUCCGAUGUGCUAUAAUAUUGCAUUUAACGUCAAUAAACAGAAUAGAAAAUAACGCAAUAUAAUUAUUAUAGCCAUGACUCGUUAAGUCAAAAGAACCGUUCAAAUUUAAAACGCUCAUAGUUUCGAUAAGUGUUGUUUUUCUCGCCCGAAGUCAUAUUAUUAUACAAAGUACCUACCGGACGGAAAUAUAUAAUAAUAAUAAUUAUUAUUAUUAUAUCGUAAAUCGAGUGUACAUGAUGAACAACGUCGGCAAUGAUUAUCUGGAUUACCCGUACGACGAUUACAAUAAUAAAAAUGAUCUUUACAUACAGCCAAAGUCUGAAGAAAACACACGCGGGACUGUAUUUCAACAAUCUACUACAUUGACAGCAAAAAUGUGGCCUCCAGAUAUUUCCGGGGGUUUUGAUUGGACCUUGGAUGUUUUUGGAUGGCAACUAGACAAAGAUCAACUGUCAAUUGUUAUAUUAUGUGCUAUUGUCAUUAUAGUACUUACUUCAAUAACAAUUGUAUUUAUAAUUUGGUAUUGUUGUUUUUGUAAAAAAAAAAAUGUACAUAGCAGUUGUGAGGAAGAAGAACAAAGAAGUAAUACUAACAUACCUAGUUACUCCACAGUAUUCCUGGACCCUAAAACUGGGAAUUUUAUAUAUAGUAACCGUAUCGUUGAGUUAUUUCCUGAAAGAGAAGGUUCUCCUGAUCAUUGGUUUUUCAAUGAUCAAGGAGAGGAAUCUGUAAGUACAAAUACAGUACCACGUUCAGCUUCUGUACCACCAGCAAAACAACUCCAGUCAUUUGAUCCUUGUAUACGUGAAAUAAAAGAAUAUAUUAGUAAUGAAACAUUUGACGUGCCUAAUUUGCAUUAUAUUGACAAUGAGACCCAAAAUGACUCUUGCCAUUUGCCAAACGCUUUACCUCAGAUCUCUGAAUUUAAUCCUCAUCAAUUUACUUCCAGUAGCAUUUUGGACAACUGCCAUACAUGUGAUGGAAAAUCUAUAACACUGCGAACAAGAAGUCUUCCAACACAUGUGAGAAACAAAAAACGACCAUUUUCAACAUCUGACAAUUUAUCAGAGCUUUAUGCUAAGGUAAAUUUCAGUAAAAAAAGGAAAAAUCGUAUGAGAAAUGAUGAAGCUGCCAUAAUCGCCAUGAGUAAAUCCAGAAGCCAGUUCCUCAAUAACAAAGACACAGAUAUAUUGGUUGACAAUGAAGCAGUUAUUGUUUACGAUGAACGGACUGCUUUAUAAAAUGAUGUUAUGUGAUAUAACUGUAGGCUAAUUGCAUUUAGAAUCUCUUAUGUACUAUGUAUGUAUAUAUUGUGAUAAUUGUUUUUAUUAUGAGCGAAGUUAUUGCAAUAAAUAUAAUAACAUCUUAAAA